UUAUUGAGAUUCAUAUUAUGUGAGAUAAAAUAACUAAAUUGUUCUCGAUUGAACAUUUAUAACUCACUAGUUAAAGCGGUGACGUCUGGAACUCGGCACGCUUGUGUGUUUUGUCGUGUCUGUAUCGUUAUCAGUCCAGUGUACCUAUAAGCUGCUAUAAUGGACCUGUUACGAUUCAGUGCUGUGAGGCAUCUACAGUUGUUUACGACGAGUUAUAGAAGUAUGCAUCUUUUAAAAAAGGAAGCGUUUGUUAACGGAGAAUGGCUGCGCGCGGCGAAUAAUGCUGUGUUUCCUGUGACCAAUCCCGCUGAUGACACUGUGAUUGCAGAGGUGCCCGACAUGGGUGAACAGGACGCUAAAUUUGCGGUCGAUGUCGCUUCCAAAGCAUUCAAAAUAUGGAGAGAUUCAACUGCAAGGGAACGAGCGAGUAUUCUUCGAAAAUGGAAUGACCUCUGCUUGAAAAAUAUUGAUCACCUUGCAGAGGUAUUGACAGCUGAAUCAGGAAAGCCAUUGGCGGAAGCAAAGGGUGAAGUUAUAUAUGGAACAUCUUUUCUCGAUUAUUUUGCAGACACGGCGCGCCAUGUUACUGGAGAAAUUAUUCCAAGUCCCUGGCCAAAUAAGCAGAUCCUUGUGACAAGGCACCCAAUCGGGGUAGUAUCAAUCAUUACACCCUGGAAUUUUCCCUUCGCGAUGAUUACUCGUAAAGUGGGGGCACUCAUGGCUGCCGGUUGCACUUGUGUCAUCAAACCAUCAGAAGAUACCCCUCUGACAGCUCUAGCGGCAGUGGAACUAGCUAUUCAAGCCGGUGUGCCUAAAGGUGUUAUUAAUGUGGUCACAUCUAGCAGAAAUAAUGCUGCCAGUGUUGGCAAAGUUCUGUGCGAGCAUCCUGCUGUUGGUUGCAUUUCAUUUACUGGCUCCACCAAUGUUGGAAGAAUUCUUUAUGGAAUGGCUGCAAAAGGCAUCAAAAGAGUGUCUUUAGAGUUGGGUGGUAAUGCCCCAUUUAUUGUUUUCCCUAGUGCUGACCUGGAAAAUGCUCUUGACCAAGCUAUGUUAGCAAAGUUCAGAAAUAAUGGGCAGGCAUGCGUUGGAGCUAAUAGAUUCCUAAUACAUGAGAGUGUGUUUGACAAGUUUGUAGAAGGCUUCAAGAGUCGCAUUGGAAAGAAGUGUAUCCUCGGGCCCGGAACCAAGGAGGGGGUGACUUGUGGGCCACUUAUCAACAAAAUGCAAGCUGAUAAAGUCUCUGGCCUUGUUGAUGAUGCAGUAUCAAAAGGAGCAAAGGUUGUGCUUGGUGGAAAAAUUGCUAAUGAAUUAGGCAACAAAUUCUAUGAAUCUACUUUGAUAGUUAAUGUGACACCCAGUAUGGCAUUAUACCAUGAGGAGGUGUUUGGGCCUGUGGCUGUUUGUUACAAGUUUAAAGAUGAAGCGGAGGCUCUUGAGGUUGCUAACAGCACUAGAAGUGGCUUGGCUAGCUAUGUGUUUACAAAAGACCUCGGCCAAGCGUUCAGAAUGUCUCAAAAAUUGGAAUUUGGAAUGGUUGGAAUCAAUGAUGGAAUAUUGUCUGCGGCUGAGCCACCUUUCGGAGGCAUUAAAGAAUCUGGAAUUGGCCGAGAGGGAAGCAAGCAUGGUGUUGAAGAAUACACCGAUAUCAAAUACACUUUGAUGUCUGCCUUAGAUAAAUAAAGUAUAUCUUGUUGAGUUUAUGUGCCAUAUUAAUUUAGGUACUGAAAUUUGUUGCUUUGUUUAGGUGUUAUUGUAUACAUAUAAACUAUAAUGUUGAUAAUAUUGUUUACAACUUAUUUUAUCUAUGUAUAAAAAUAACUUUGAAUACCUAUUGGAUACUCAGCUCAGGUAUAUUUUGUGUUCUUUUUUCACUAUAGUAUAAGUAUACAUAGGAGUUAUCUCUGUGAACCAUUCCAGUCUUCCAGAAAAUGUGAUUUAGAGGUAAAUGGAAAUACGUGUGGAAUUCAAUAUUUCAAUAGGCAUAACUUAGCCAGCUUAGUUUGUAAGAUGGUAUGUUUUAAUUGUAGUUUUAAUGUUCCUAUUGGCAGUUUAAUAAAAUCGCAUGUAAUCAGUAAAUAGGCCAAAAAUCAUACCUAUAAAUAUACCUGCCUAUCUAAGUAAUACUGGAUAUGUUACUCCUAUUAUUUAUUAAUUGUACAAAUGCGUACCAUAGGUAAUGAAAUUUGUAUGCAUUUAAAAAAAUCUUAUCUGUUAUGUGUAUUUAUUUUGUAACGUAGCUCUAUUUAGAAAAGCCGGCACAUGACAUUUCAUAUACAUUUGGUGCAUUUUUUUAUCAUAAUUUAAAGAUUGUAAAGUAUGCUGCAGAAACAACUGACCCCCUGCAUAGAAAUUCAGCAUUAUAUAGAUUUGUUACCAUAGGAACGUUCGUUACGAUAUAUUUAGCCACUUUGACUGUAACUAUCUAAUUUAUACCGACUGUACCUAGUUACAUACAAUAAUUCAGUCAAACAUCAACAUUUAUUCACCAAAUAGGCCACAAGGGCAACUUUUACACGCCAACAUUGAAUUUACAUACAAACAAAAUAAUAAUAAUAAUACAUUAACAAUUAUAAUAUACAAUUAACUGCAACUACCAAUUCAAACUAACGUAUUACAAUUACUUAGAGAUGUAUAAGGUAUCUUAAUGUCGAAUUACAUAAAAAACUAUAAUAAUAAUA